CGGCUCGGCGGGGUGGGAUGCGGGUUAGCGGCUGUGCUUUUUCCGCUUCUCCCGCUCUCAUCCUCUUCCCCCCCCCCCCCCCCCCCCCCCGCGUAUCUGUGGCGGUGGGGGGGGCCGGCCGAGGCGCCCCGCGGGGAGGUGGAGCGGGCGGUGUCAGUCAGCGGCGGCGGGAGAUGCGAAGGGGCUGAGGGGAAGACAGGGCGCUCUCCCCCCCCCCCCCCCCCCCCUCGCGCCAUGUCCUUCCGCCAGAGGAGCCCGCACGGCGGCACGAGGAGCAGCCCGCGGCCUCCGCCGCGCUGGUCCCAAGGAAGGAAACGUGGCGCAGAUGGGAAGCGGAGAAAGCAGACUGAAUCCGAUUCAUCCCUUUUUGAUGGAAACAAGUACAGGCCUUCUGACAUCAGGCUGGACAGUUUUACCACACCAGAAGGCCCAGGACCCCUUUCCCGAUGUUCAGAUUGGGGAACUGCAGUGGAAGAAGAUGAAAUGAGGACCAGCGUUAACAAAGAAAUUGCAAGAUACAGAAGAAAACUCUUGAUAAAUGAAUUUUCACGAGAAAGGAGGUCCUCCUCUGGCAGUUCUGAUUCAAAGGAGUCCACUGUGACAGUAGAACUUGAGACAGAUGAAGUGGUUUUGAUGAGAAGACAAAAACAGAUAAACUACGGAAAAAACACAAUUGCAUAUGAUAGAUACAUUAAAGAAGUUCCUAGAUGCCAUCGUAUACCAGGAGUUCAUCCCAGAACUCCGAACAAAUUUAAGAAAUACAGCCGUAGGUCAUGGGAUCAGCAAAUUAAACUAUGGAAAGUUGCACUGCAUUCCUGGGAUCCACCUACUGAAGAAGGAUGUGAUCUGCAAGAAAUUAGUCCUGUUGACCUUGGUGAGAUGGAGGCAGAAUCUGUUGGAAGCAAUUCUACUGAAUCUCAAGCAAGCUGUCACGAUAAUGAUGAUACCUGUUCUGGCACUCCCACCAAAGUUCGACAUGUUGACUAUCAAGCAGAAGGUGAAUUUGACUUGGAAGUGUGUUUGAGUGAACCACUUAAAGAUUUUGAUACUGUGAGUUAGAUAGUCUCGAGCAAACUGUUUUAGAGGAAGUUUGUUUCUUUUAAAUUUGAGAGGUUAGCUUGAUUCAUAAACUGUUAAUAGUAAGAAAGCUUAAGUAAAGUUGAAGAUGUUCUCUAAAUUGUGGUUGGUCUACAUAUUCUCUGGACCAAACCUAUGUAAAAAUACAACUAAGUUGUGUAACUUCUGUUUAACUUUUAAUUUAUGUAUAUCAGAUUUUGUUUUUAUAAAACCUUUCAAUAGAAAAGCUAGCCAAAGGCAGUGCUAUCCUGAAGUAAUUAUAAAUCAUUCAGCAAGAUCUUACUGAUUUCCCACCAAUUACCCAUAAUUUCAGUUGUCCAACUGCAGAUCAAGAGCAAAGUAGGCAGGUAUUUUUGAGCAUCUGUACGUGACCUUGCUUUUUCCAUUUGACUCUUUACAAAGAUCUGACUUGAAGUAAUACAAGUGGUAGCUGAACCAUACUGCUGAUUAGUACCAGUAAACUCAUCUACUGCAAUUAUUUGCUGUGAUAUUAAAUGCCUUUCAAAAAAAAAGAUUCUUUAUUUGCAAAAAUGUUUGAGAAACAGUGUGAAAUUAAAUACUCUCAAGCAAUUGGUGGUCAGUAUGGUAAAGCCUAGGCAAUAAUACUUAAGAGGCAGUAGCCUGAUUUUUAAAUUUGUACAUAGUCAUGAGUCCUUUAUUAAUAGUCAAGAAAACAGUGUCUAGGGAAAGUGCUUGAUUCUUCUUAAUUUGCUGGUUUUAAAUAUAAAACUGUUGUAAAUGAUAACAAUGUACAGAUUUUCUGCUGAAAGCAGUUAAUGUUUCUUUUGUAUGGAAUGUUGCUGGAAAAUAAAUGGAAUUGCUUUUA